AAGUAUUCAUUGACAUUUAUAUUUGAAGGUUGCGAAAUUUAUAUGUUAUUACGAAGUUUUACACACUCAAAUGUGGUCAUGAUCUUGAAUUCUUUUGUUUUUCUGUUGUGUUGCCUGUUGGUGUGGGUGUGGAUGAAAUGGCUGCGGGUAAAGAGUUACUGGGCUGAUAGAAAUGUGCUGUACUCACCACCCCAUCCGGUUUUUGGAAGCCUCACUUUCCUUCAGAAGGAGAAUCCUGCAAUAUGGCUGAAGAACUUGUACAAACAGUUCCCGGUUUCCUACUGCGGGGUCUGGCUGUUCUGGCGUCCGUGCCUGGUCAUCAACAGCCCGGACAUCGCCAGGCGGAUCCUGGUGAAGGACUCUGAUAACUUCAGGAAUAGGCACAUAAGCUCUGGGAGCUCGGAUCCUCUGGGAAGCCUCAACAUCUUCACUGUGAAUGACCCACUAUGGACAUCAGCUCGAAAACGUCUUACCACGGUGUUCACGGCAGCUAAACUUCGCGCGUUCCAGUCAGUCGCACUGCACAAAUCCAAACUACUGGUGGAAAGGAUUGCAAUGGACAACAAGAAUGGCGUUAGGACCGAUAUUAGGAAUAUGUUUACCGACUUCACGACAGACGUUGUCGGUGAAACAGUAUUCGGUGUAUCUAGUAACUCCAUAAUGAACGAGGAGGGGCCUCUCAGACACAUCACCAAGGAGCUCAUGACGUACAGCACCUACAGAGGCUUGAGUGCGUGCUGCGUAUUCUUCAUUCCUGAGCUGAUUAAUGUUUUUAGGUUCAAAUUCUUCCCCAAGGACUUGCAAGAUUAUUUAAGGAGUCUGUUCCGACUGACAGUGGAACAACACGGAGGGUAUGAGAAGGAGGUGACUUCGAACAGAGAUCUGAUAGAUGCUAUACUGAAGAUGCGGCAGGACGCAGUCAAAGAGGGGCAAGAGAUGAGUGAAGAUUUCCUCGUGGCGCAAGCGUCGAUAUUCCUGCAAGGUGGAUUCGACACCUCAGCAGUCGCAUUGACAUACAUUAUUUAUGAACUGGCUUUCGCGCCAGAAGCGCAGGAGAGAUUAUAUGAGGAAAUUGCUAAGACUAAGGAAAGAAUAGGAGACAGAGAUUUUGAUGCCACCACGCUUAGCGAGAUGCCUUACCUUAACGCUGUUAUAAAAGAGGCUGUAAGGAAAUACCCUGCAAUGGCGUGGCUAGACCGCGUGGCGUCCAAGAGUUACGAGAUCGAUGAGAACCUCACCAUUGAGCCAGGCACAGUGGUAUAUAUAAACACCAUGGGCAUACAGAACGACCCUCAGUAUUUCCCGGAGCCAGAGGAGUUCAAGCCAGAAAGGUUUUUGCCCGAGAAUGAAGAUCAGAUCACUCCUUACACGUUCUUGGCGUUCGGUGAUGGGCCGAGGCAUUGCAUUGGUGAAAGGUUUGCUUACCAGACGAUACGGUAUGCGCUGGCGCACGUGAUAUACAACUUCAAGGUGAAAAAGAUCGAAAAUUCGAAAUGUCCGUCCGAGUGUAGUUUUGAGAAGAAAGGCAUGUUCCUGACGCCUGGAGAGACAUUAUUCGUAAACUUUGUACCCAGGAUGUAAAAUAAAUUAUUUAUAGAA